AUGCUUGCGUCGCAGCUACGAAGACAAGCUGAUCGUCGUACUCGCCAUCAUAUGAUGGUUGAUGGUCAAAUAAAUCCUCGUGAAUGGUUUAACUGGCACCCAAAGGAAUAUCAACCGUGGUACUUUGAUCGUCAUAAGUUUCUCUACGAACAACAACAAUAUGCACAGUUUCACCAUCUUCUUUGCCAUCAAGUUUAUCUCAAAGACAUUCUUCAUCUAGUUCGAUAUCCAGAACCAUACACGUAUAUUAUCGACUGCCGAACAUCCCCACUUAAGAUGCAUCGUUGGGUACCUCAUAGCUCGUGGCUACCGCGUGAUGAAGUAGAGUAUGCUCUCCAGCUUUCUCCUGAAGAAUUUGUUGAUAUGUAUGGCUUUAAGAAACCUAGGAAAUCUGAUGAUAUUAUUCUUGUUUCUCACAAUGGUCUUCACUCUGAACAGGCAGGUUGGGAGUGGAAGAAACAGUUUUUCCAACAUGUGUAUAAUUAUCGUGGCGGAACUAACGAGCUUUUUGGAGAAUUAUACAGUGAUAUGGUUUUGAAGGACUCUCUAGCACCAUGGAAAGGACCAUUUCCACAGAGCGGUAUUUUUGUCGACAAAUGGAGUAAACGCAAGGUUUUGACGCGCACAGGGCCAUUUGAUCGACAGUAUGAAAUGCAAGAUUUUGCACUGCCGGAUCUGGAAUUAGAGAAACCUAGACACACAGAAGAUGGCCCUCGCCAAAACAUGCCCUACGGUCUUCAAUAG